AUGGCAGCCCCAAAACCUGGCUCACAAACUGGUAACUUCGUGGCUCAGGACAGGAUAUGGAAAUCCCACAUUGAAACAGAAAUGGAAACAGCAAAAAUGUGGCCUAAAAACUGGGGAUUUUUAGCAACUCCUUAUGACCAGCUUGUUGAAGACCAAAAAGAAAACAUUCAGCUGAAAAUUCCAGAACAUCUGCAGCCUCGAUCUAUGACCCCCAUGGAAACCUACAUCAAGGUAACUCCUUCGCCGCCCAUUCCCCAAACCACCCAGGGAUUAGUUGGCUGGAGAUCUACAGUCCCAGAGCUGCAGCUGGAACGAUACGGUAGAUCCAAAUUCCUUAAGGGAGACUUCUGCAAGCAGAUGAACUGGCCAGCCGAAGGAUUAGAUUAACCUCUCUAUCCUACAAGUCUGAGAAGCCACCCUCCCCUGCUUUCCUUCUCUACGACUGCAUGAAACCUCUGAAAGAUCAACUUAAACUUGAACAGCAUUUUAAGAAAUUCAACGGAAAUGGCAGUUUUUACAUAAUUUCUCUCAGAAGCAAGAUGUGGAAAACAAACUGAGGGAUAUCUGUAAAUGUUAAAAAUAUGCAGUAAACAUAAGUACUCAGCGCAAAGACUGAUUUACUGUCUGCCUUGCCUAAAGCCUGUUAUCCUUGAAUAUUUACAUUAUCGCAUUAAAGGUUACUAAAGCCUUAUUUUGAUAGAAUUGCAGCUUCAGGCAUAAACUCUAGUUUAACACUUAAUUAUUUUAUUUUUUCUACUAACAAAUUGUGAAAUUGUUUAGUAUAAAAUAAAAGAGCCUUGUUUUAACCUCAAAA